AAGUGGUUAUGUUUGCGGGGGUUACCUUAUAUUUCUCCAACGACAUGUUUGAUUGUAGACGGGGCCUGGGAUUGUUCUACUAAUAGGGCGGGUGCAGGCUGGGUAGUCCGUGAUCUUGAUUCAUCUGAGGUCUUAGGAGGUGGUUGUCGGGCUUUUAUGGCUAGUUCAGCGUUGCUGUCUGAGCUUCAGGCUUGUAUAUGGGGUUUGGAGUUUGCGAUUCGUAAAGGUUUUUUGAAAAUCCGGAUUUAUACAGAUUGUGCUGCCCUCCUUGCUCUUCUUCCUCCUUCUGGUUCAAUGGAAAUCUCUGCUUGGUGGCUCAUUCAGGAGUUGCGGGCUUCGGUUUAGUCUUUUUUAGUUUGCCAGGUUCAAAAAGUUCCUCGUUUGUGGGUCAAUCCUGCUCACUGGUUGGCUGGUUGUGCCCGACGUCGUCAGUUGUUGUAUUUUCUGUUUUAGUUUUAGUUUUUUUUUUUUUGGGUUGACAAUUGUUUUUGGUUGUUGUUCCUUUUAUUUGAUAGCUCUUUUGUAAAAAAAAAAAAAAACAAAAACAAAAAAAACAAAACAAAACAAUUUGUUAGGUUUCAAUUCUGACAUCUGAGAUUGUGAAUUGAUCAUUUGGCUUACAAUUUGCCGUAAUUAUGAAAAUGCCACUUUGAUUUUUUAAAAAUAUUGAGAUUUUUUUGGCUUACAAUUUGUUAGAUUCUUCUUGCUUAAAAAUAUUGAGAUUAAUUAUAAAUUUCCCGCCUAGAAUGAUAUCAUCAUUUUUCUCUCUCUAGAGCUUCACUUUUACGCUGCACCUCUGCCUUCCUCUCUUCCCUCCAUUAAAGCUUACUCUGAGUUCUCCAUUGAAGCAGCUUCCGAGCUCUCUCUCCACCAUUGAAGCAGCUUCUGAAGGGAAAUCUCAACCAGUGCUAUAACAAAGAUGGCAGAAUCAGAGAAGAAAGAUUCUUCAACUGGGAAUGCAAAAGAGAAAAUGUCACUGCUAGAUGAGGACUUCUCUAAAGAUUUUCUUAGUUCAUGGAAGUCAGGCACUGAUGAUAUGGACUUCAGCUUUGAGCCAGUCAGCAAAGGCAAGAAAAAGGCAUUCGACUUUGGCAUGGAUAUGGAUUUUUCUCUUGAUGACGCAUUUGGCAAGAUGCCAUCUUUCAAGAUGGAUUUGCCAGAUAUUGAUUUUUCUAAUUCCCCAAAUAAAUCCAAAAAGUCAAAGGAAAAGUCAGAAGAUGAUUCUGCCAAAGGAAAACGUUCAGACAAACAUGACAAGUUCAGUUUUUCUUUCGAUUUUGACGGAGUAAACAUUAAUGAUGGGGAGAAAGAGCCUGGUGAUGGUGGUUGUUUUGGUAGUGCUAAAUUCCCUUCAGACACUAUAAACACUUCUGCAGCUAGUGUACAAAAAACAAAUGAUGGUGCUAGGACAGAACUUUCUGUUUCUGAGGAUAUCCGAGAGGAAUCAACACAUACAAGUGUUGUAAGUCAUGGAAGCAGCAAAAAUAACGGGAAUAAACUAGAUGACCAUUCUAGUUCAUGUACCAAAGAACUGAUUAAAUCAGAUUCAGUUAUGGAGAAUAGUGAAAAAAAUGCUGCCGCUCAUACUCCUCCAAGGGACCAUGAUGACUCUGUCAAUGGAAAAAACAGGAAAGAAGUGAGUGUUAACACAGUGAAGCAUAAUGGCAACGCAAAUGGUGGACUCCCUUCACUGGAAUGUGAGAAGAUGACCAACAAUGUCAAAAUUUCUGGGGAUAUGGAUUUUUCUCUUGAUGACGCAUUUGGAAAGAUGUCAUCUUUCAAGAUGAAUAUGCCAGAUGUUGAUUUUCCUAAAUCCCCAAAUAAAUCCACAAAGAUGGUGGAAAAUUCAGAAGAGGUUUCUGCCAAGGGUAAACAUCAAGACAAGCAUGACAAGUUCACCUAUACUUCUGAUUCUGAUGGAAUGAAUACUAGUGAUGGAAAGAAUGAGCAUGGUCAUGGUGGUAGUUUUGGUAGUGCUAAGCUUUCUUCAGAUGCUGUUAACACUUCUGACAUUAGUGACACAAAGGCAAUGUUCUCCAUUGCUAGAUCCAGUGCCGAAAUGCAAAAGCCAGUUUCAAAGGCUUCAUCAACAACAUAUGACAGUGGACCAACCUCUGCAAAAACAGUGCUACUGAAGAAUAAAGUUCCAGGAGCUAUUAACUCAAAGUUUCCGGCUGUACAAGCAACAAAUGAGGGUGGCAGGACAGAAUUUUCAGCUUCUGAGGGUAACCGAGAAGGCUCAACACAUCCUGAUGCUGUAAGCAGAAGUGUCUCUGUUAGUUGUAGUUAUGGAAGCAGCAAACAAAAUGUAAAGGAUUUAACUGACCGUCCAAGUUCAUGUACCAAAGAAUUGAUUCAAUCGGAUUCAAUUACUAAAAAAAGUGAGAAGGAUGCUGCUGCUCAUACUCCUUCUAGGGACCAUGACGACACUGUAAAUGGAGAAGAAAAGAAUGAGGCGAGUGUUGAUACAGAGACACAAAGUGGAAAAGCAGCAAAUGGUGGACUCCCUUCGCUGGAAUGUGAGAAAAUGACCAACACUAUCAAUUCUUCUGGCUUUAGAAUUCCUUCAUCAACUCCACCAGAACAGGGAACUAAAUUUGGCAACCAGAGGCAAGGUAAUCUUAAAGACAAGAUUUCAAGCAUUGCAUUGACUCAGAAAUUAAACAUUAGUCAAGGAAAUAAACUUUCGUCCCAGAGAAUUGACAAGAAAACGUUUGCUCUUCCUAGUUUGAAAAUUACAAGGCGUACCACUACAGACAAACAUCCAGCUGCUCCCAUUAUGCUAAGUAAUGUUAAAUCUCUGGGAAUUGUUGAGAAAAGCACAGGGCCACAACAAGCAAUGAUUAAGAUGGUGUCCCCUACUAUUUCAGUGAAACAACUUCCAACUCCCUCUUUGAAGCGCAAAUCAUCUGAGGCUGCUGAUAUGGGUCCACCAAAGCUUCAUACACCAAAACGCUUCUCACCUAAUGAAAGCAGAAUGUCUCAAGCGUCAGUCAGAGAACCUGAAGAUGGGGUUAAAACUCAAGUUAACUCUGUGGUAGGAAGCACGAAGAAUAUUUCGCAAGAGAACAAGACCCCUAAGUUUCAGUUUGAUCAAGAGACAAACAUGGCUGCCCUCCAAUUCAGUUUGAUGGUGGAGAACGAUGCAAAUAUUGAAAAAGCUGAGGCAUGUGCAAAAGAGCUUGAUAAUAUCUGCAACAUGUUGAAAAAGAAGCAUGAGGAAGCAAAGGAGUUACUGGUCCGAGCUCUUGUGAACAACAACAAUCUUCUGAUGCUGAACCAUCCCAUCUAUGAAGAAAAGAUCAGUGCAGUUCAGAGGCUUGCUUCUAAAUUGAUGUCAAAAGAGCUGGAAGUCAAGGCUUAGAAGAACUAUUCAAACUGAUAACAGGAAGGUUUUUCUCACUCUAUAUUUUGUGAUCAUGCAUGCUCAUACAAGGUUUUGUAUUACAGUAUCUCAUUUGAUUCAAUCGAUUUUCUGAUACUUUUGAAUUUCAGGAUGAUCUAAAUGCUAAAUCCUGCAGAGGGGGGAUAGCAUCAUUAUGGUGUAAAUGCUCUCGUUUGCUCCUCUUGAUUUGUGUAUAGUGUUCGAUCAUAUAUGAGUAUGCUUAUUUUUGCUAAAAGGUAGUGCUUAAUUUCGAUAUACAAAUCAUGUAUGGGUUUUUGGAGUUCUUGGUUGGCAAUGUGGCACAUUGCUGUUUUGUAAAGCCAAAUUUUAUGGUCUGUAAAGCUAGUAAGAGAAACAGUAUUCUCUGCGUGUUCUAUCUUUCAAUUUGGGUCUAAAUUGUGUAAUCAAGCACUAGUUUGAUUCACCAAUUACUAAGUCAUUUUCAUCUUGAAGUUUGCAGCCUGAAAUUCUGA